CGUUGUGGUCGCCGUCAUGUCUGUUCCUCCCUCGCAAAGGCCCAAUUUUUCUCGUCCCUUCGGCUCGGAUUUUUCCCCCUUUUUCACCGAUAAGGGGCUCCUUUUCCUCCACACCACACCAAUUCAGCCAUCAAUCCCCAUCAGUGAGCAGUUGUCGUCUUCCCCAUCGCACACGCUCUAGCUCUACCCCCUUGAAGGACCUUGGCCUCUCUUCUUUCCUUCCUGCCUCUUUUCAGCUGAGGCCCGGUCCUUUUGCAGCAUCGCGGUCCGUGCGUCGUUUCUUGCUCCAUGCGAGUCAAAAGGGAUACAAGAAUCGCCUGGGGACGCCUGUUUCUUGAUGUGGAUGACAUGAGCACACUAUAUACAAUUGUGACAAAGAUGACAGGAUCUGCUCCCUGCUAAGUUUUUGCCUACAAGUUUGUAAAGGGCAGUAUGUCAGCUAGGGCUUCUAACCAUCCGUACAAAAUUUCAAAUGAUUCUCAAAUGCCAUACUACAGUGACUCAGCACCUGUAGGAGAAAAUGGUAGGUUUCAUGCGAUGCAAAAUAAUCUAGAUCAUCACUACUCUUCUCCUGAUGAUGGAUCACAGAGGAUUAAUAGUUCUAACACCCAAGUAUUUGAAGCACAGUACUGCACUCUGGAAUCGUCGUCAGCAAAUGGUAUUUAUCCUGCACAAAGCUCCACAUCUUCUCACAGCAUUUCCCCUUUAAGUGGGAGCCCCCUGUCUCAGCAUGAUGGCCACUCAGAUCACACAUAUAGUUCUCCCCCAAGUGCUUCCUGUCUAACUGAAGUUGCAGAUCUCCAGAUUAAAUUAAAAGAGUUAGAGAAUGUUAUUCUUGGACCUGAAUUGGACAUUACUUCUGACAGCCCUGAGAGCUUCUUACAAGCCAAUGUUCAAUUGAGACCAGACAACUGGAGACAACUUCUGGGAAUUGAUGCAGGAGACUUGAAGCAAGUUAUCAUAGCAUGUGGUAAGGCUGUUGCGGAGAAUGAUGUCUUUGCAACAGAACUGCUGAUAUCUGAGCUAGGUCAGCUCGUAUCUGUAUCCGGAGAUCCAAUGCAAAGACUCGGAGCAUAUAUGUUGGAAGGAAUUGUUGCAAGACUUUCUUCCUCUGGCAGUAUGCUAUAUAAAUCUUUGAAAUGUAAAGAACCUACAGGCUCUGAGCUCAUGUCAUACAUGCAUCUCCUUUACGAGAUCUGCCCAUUCUACAAGUUUGGUUAUAUGUCAGCAAAUGGUGCUAUUGCCGAGGCUAUUAAGGGUGAGAACUUUGUUCACAUCAUUGAUUUCCAAAUUGCUCAGGGGAGCCAAUGGAUUACUCUGAUACAGGCCCUUGCUGCAAGGCCUGGGGGUCCACCAUACAUUAGAAUCACUGGUAUUGAUGACUCAAAUUCUGCUUAUGCCAGAGGGGGUGGGCUUGAUAUAGUUGGGAGGAGAUUGCAUAGUGUUGCUCAGUCAUGUGGUCUUCCCUUUGAGUUCAAUGCCGUUCCAGCUGCUAGCCAUGAGGUUCAGCUUGAGCAUCUUGCUGUAAGACCCGGGGAGAUUAUUGUUGUGAAUUUUGCCUAUCAGCUGCAUCAUGUUCCUGAUGAAAGCGUAAGCAUUGAAAAUCAUCGGGAUAGGAUUAUAAGAAUGAUCAAGAGCAUCAAUCCUAGGGUUGUUACUCUUGUUGAGCAGGAGUCAAAUACAAACACAGCUCCAUUCUUCCCGAGAUACAUGGAAACUCUCAACUACUAUACAGCCAUGUUUGAGUCGAUAGAUGUUGCUCUCCCAAGGGAUGACAGGAGGCGGAUGAGCGCAGAACAACACUGUGUUGCAAGGGAUAUUGUUAAUUUAAUCGCAUGUGAGGGUCCUGAAAGAGUUGAGAGGCAUGAGCUGUUUGGAAAAUGGAAGGCAAGAUUUGCAAUGGCUGGAUUUAGGCCUUACCCACUGAGUUCAGUGGUGAACAACACCAUCAACACUCUGUUGCGUAGUUACAACAGCUGUUACAAUCUUGAGGAAAGAGAUGGUGUCCUUUACCUUGGAUGGAAGAACAGAGUAUUAGUCGUAUCUUCAGCAUGGUGUUGACAUUUCCUUAGAAGAAGCUCAUAUUUUUGUUGCCUUGCAGGUUUCAUCGUAUUUUGGCCUCCAUCCCAUGUUUCCAAGACUUCAUCCUGACUCUAUCCUGAACUCUAUUAAUAUAGAAGACCCUGUAAACCACUACUACUUGGUUUACUUAGUAUUUUGUUUGUCUGUGUUCAGUUUCCAACCCUCCCAUGCUCACACAAGCAAUCUAAUCCAACGGUUAGCUUAUCAUCUAAAUCGUCACCGCAAGUUGAAGGGGAUCCUGAAAUUAGAAGUUGUAACUAGGAAUUUGGUUUCUCUAAAGCUGGGUUACAGCUCCAUAGGUUUGGCAGAUGCAGAGGUUAUGCUAGGCAGGCACAAGAGGAUGUCUGUCAGUCGUGUACUCGUGUAUCAGUUUGGACUGUGUUGGCCCCUACUUUGUAUAUAUAUGUGUGGAAUGCUAUGUGGUUUCUUUGUGAUGAAGUCUCUAGCUGUCGCGUCA